AUGGCUACCGUUAACAUUCGUCGGGAUAUCUCCGACCCCUUCUACCGCUACAAGAUGGAGAAGCUGCAGUCCAAGAUUGAAGGAAAGGGCAACGGCAUCAAGACCGUCGUCGUCAACCUGAACUCUGUGGCUCAGUCUCUCAGCCGUCCUCCUGCCUACGUGAUCAAGUACUUCGGUUUUGAACUGGGUGCCCAGGCUAACGCCAAGCCCACUGACGACCGCUGGAUCAUCAAUGGUGCCCACGAUGCCAGCAAGCUCCAGGAUUACCUCGAUGGUUUCAUCUCCAAGUUCGUGCUUUGCAAGAAGUGCAAGAACCCCGAGACCGAUGUCAUGAUCAAGGACGAGAAAAUCACUCUGGACUGCAAGGCCUGUGGCCAGCGUUGCGACGUCGACCCUCGCCUGAAGCUGAGCACCUUCAUUGUCCGCAACAACCCAAAGGGUGGCAAGAAGGAGAAGAAGGACAAGAAGGCCCGCCGCGAGGCCAAGAAGGAGAAGCAAGCCAAUGGCGACCACGAUGUCAGCCCUGGAGACAGCAAUGGCUCCGAGAACGGUGAUGAUAAUGACGAUGACGCUCUUGAGGCCAACAGCGAUGAUGAGAUUGUCCGCCAGGCCAAGGGCAUUGAGCAGGAGGAGAUCAAGGACGAUGACUGGGCAGUCGACUUCUCUGAGGCCGCUGUCAAGGCUCGUGCCAAGGAUCUUCCUGACGACCUCAAGCGAUCGCUCGUCCUGGAGGACGCUGAUGAUGAUGAGGCUGAUGGCCCUUCGGCCUACGAGCAGCUUGGCAGCUGGAUCAUCGAGAGCGCCGAGAAGGCUGGUGACGUUACCAAGAUCAGCGACAUCGACAUCUACAAGAAGGCCAAGGAAUUUGGUAUUGAGACCAAGCACAAGACUGUUGCCGUCCUGGCCCAGAGCAUCUUCGAUGCAAAGAUUGUCAAGCAGAUCGAGGACCGCGCUCCUCUCCUCAAGAAGAUGAUCACUUCCGAGCGCCACGAGAAGGCUUUCCUUGGUGGUACCGAGCGAUUCGUCGGCCAGGACCACCCUGCCCUGAUUACCCAGGUCCCUGCCAUCCUUCUUGGUUACUACCAGAACGACCUUGUCUCUGAGGAAACCCUCAAGGCUUGGGGUGCUAAGGCUAGCAAGAAAUACGUUGACAUUUCGACCAGCAAGAAGGUCCGCAAGUCUGCUCAGCCCUUCCUGGAGUGGUUGGAGAACGCGGAGAGCGAGGAUGAGAGCGAGGAAGACAGCGACUAG